GAACAAAUACUAAGAUGAUGAGCCAUUUUCAUGGCCGCGCCACCAUUGUGAAGAUGAUGUUUUUGACGCUUCUUGGCUUCUUUUGCCUUGGAGCUUCCGCAGCAGCCAGGUGGCAGACGGGGAUUCUUGAAUUCUCCGGCCGAGAAGAAUUAGCGAACUGGGGUGGAUACGGAGAAGAGAAGCUCUCCAGAGUUAUAAUCAGUGGCAAAAUUCUUUGUCAAGCUAAUAGACACGACAAAGCUCCAUUUCAUUCAUAUUCGGUCUCAGGUGCGCAGGUGGCUGUUAUAUGCAAUACUAGUGGGAAGACCAGGAAGAUAUGGGCAAAAGGCACCACAGAUGAGUAUGGAGAAUUCAUCAUUGAACUUCCUUCUCAUCUCCAUGCAAUUCACAACUUGGAAAAGAUAUGCCUUGUCAAAGUUUUUCAUCUGCCAAAACGUUCUGCUUGCCGGCGAGAGAAACACGAAAACAUAGAACUCACGUCAACAGGCGAUGGCAUACGUAGUUAUACUACACAUAACAUAUAUUUGAUGUCAAAACUCCGAAAAGUGCUCAUUAGUGAGGCGGCAAAGUCAGUUGCAAUGGUAAAUAACCUGUAACAUAUUCACCCACUGAGUUUCAGGUCUAGUCCUGUUGAAUGAAAUCGUAAACUGUUUCAGCUGA